GAGGAAAUGGCCAAAAUGGAGGUCAAGACGUCACUUUUAGAUGACAUGAUAGGGGUGGGAGAUAUGGUUCUUUUAGAGCCACUUAAUGAAGAUUCAUUCAUCAAUAAUCUGAAAAAGCGCUUUGAUCACAAUGAAGUAUAUACAUACAUCGGCAGCGUGGUGAUAUCAAUAAACCCUUACAGACCUCUCCCCAUUUAUACUCCGGAGAAAGUUGAAGAAUACAGAAACCGGAACUUCUAUGAACUCAGCCCUCACAUCUUUGCUUUGUCAGAUGAAGCGUAUCGAUCUUUAAGGGACCAGGACAAAGACCAGUGUAUUCUUAUUACAGGAGAGAGUGGAGCUGGAAAAACAGAGGCAAGCAAGCUCGUCAUGUCAUACGUAGCUGCUGUGUGUGGCAAGGGGGCAGAGGUUAACCAAGUGAAAGAACAACUUCUGCAGUCAAAUCCUGUUCUUGAAGCUUUUGGAAAUGCCAAAACUGUGAGGAAUGACAACUCCUCUAGAUUUGGAAAAUACAUGGAUAUUGAGUUCGAUUUCAAGGGUGAUCCACUCGGAGGAGUCAUAAGCAACUAUCUGCUGGAGAAGUCUCGUGUUGUUAAGCAGCCAAGAGGUGAAAGGAACUUCCAUAUUUUCUAUCAGAUCCUGUCUGGUGCAUCGGAAGACUUCCUCUGUAAACUCAAGCUGGAGCGAGACUUCAGCAGAUACAACUACCUGGGCCUGGACUCUGCCAGAGUAAAUGGAGUGGAUGAUGCUGCAAACUUCAGAACAGUUCGGAACGCCAUGCAGAUUGUUGGUUUCAUGGAUCAUGAAACACAGUCUGUUUUUGAAGUGGUGGCAGCGGUUCUGAAAUUGGGAAACAUUGAGUUUAAGCCUGAAUCUCGUGUCAACGGCUUAGAUGAAAGUAAAAUCAAAGAUAAAAAUGAGCUGAAGGAAAUCUGUGAGCUGACAGGUAUAGACCAGUCAGUGUUGGAGAGAGCUUUCAGCUUCCGGACGGUUGAAGCCAAGCAAGAAAAGGUUUCAACGACGCUGAAUGUGGCCCAGGCAUAUUAUGCUCGCGAUGCUCUGGCUAAGAAUUUAUACAGUCGCCUCUUUUCCUGGCUUGUUACCAGAAUCAACGAGAGCAUUAAGGCACAAACAAAAGUGAGAAAGAAGGUGAUGGGAGUGCUGGACAUCUACGGCUUUGAAAUUUUUGAGUGGCUUCAGAGGGAUGCUAUGAAAUGCUGCUAUAAAAGAAAAGCAGCGAUUGAAGUGAUGCUUGCAGCAUUAAAGCAGCGAAAUUACAGCCUGGAAAAGAAACUCUUCAAUAUUUGGGAAGUGCUAGGAAUUGAGUGGACACACAUUGAGUAUUUCAACAAUGCUAUAAUUUGUGACCUAAUAGAAAAUAACCAAACUGGAAUCCUGGCCAUGCUCGACGAGGAGUGCCUGAGACCGGGAACUGUCACCGAUGACACCUUUUUAGAAAAGCUGAACCAAGUCUGUGCCACCCACCAGCAUUUUGAGAGCAGGAUGAGCAAGUGCUCCCGGUUCCUUAAUGACACCACCCUGCCUCACAGCUGCUUCAGGAUUCAGCAUUAUGCUGGCAAGGUUAUGUACCAGGUGGAAGGAUUUGUUGACAAAAAUAAUGAUCUCCUGUACCGGGACCUCUCCCAAGCUAUGUGGAAGGCCAGUCACUCUCUUAUCAAAGCACUGUUCCCUGAAGGUAACCCUGCUAAGAUCAAUCUCAAGAGACCACCAACAGCGGGAUCACAAUUCAAGGCUUCAGUUGCUACCUUGAUGAAAAAUCUCCAGACAAAAAAUCCAAACUACAUUAGAUGCAUCAAGCCCAAUGACAAAAAGGCUGCGCACAUUUUCAAUGAUGCCCUGGUGUGCCACCAGAUCCGCUACCUCGGUCUUCUGGAAAAUGUCCGGGUUAGAAGGGCAGGGUAUGCAUUCAGGCAGGCGUACGAGCCAUGCCUGGAAAGAUACAAAAUGCUGUGCAAGCAGACCUGGCCCCACUGGAGAGGGCCAGCCAGGACUGGUGUAGAGGUACUGUUUAACGAAUUGGAAAUCCCUGAAGAAGAAUUUUCAUUUGGUAGAUCAAAGAUAUUCAUCCGCAACCCAAGAACGCUCUUCAAACUAGAAGAUCUGAGAAAGCAGCGGUUGGAGGACUUGGCUACUCUCAUUGAGAAGAUUUACAGAGGUUGGAAGUGCCGCACACGCUUCUUGUUAAUGAAAAAAAGCCAGAUUGUGAUUGCUGCCUGGUUCAGGAGAUACGCACAACAAAAGAAGUAUCAGAAGAUAAAGAGUUCAGCUAUCAUAGUACAGUCGUACAUCAGAGGGUGGAAGGCUCGGGAACUUCUUCGGGAGCUUAAGCACCAGAAGCGUUGUAAUGAGGCUGCCACAAUAAUUGCUGCUUACUGGCAUGGUACCCAGGCACGAAGGGAACUGAGACGACUGAAGGAGGAGGCUAGAAAUAAACAUGCUAUUGCUGUUAUUUGGGCUUACUGGCUUGGAUAUAAGGCUCGAAGGGAAUUGAAACGCUUGAAGGAGGAGGCUAGGCGUAAGCAUGCUGUUGCAGUCAUUUGGGCUUACUGGCUUGGACUGAAGGUCCGUAGAGAGUACAGGAAAUUCUUCAGAGCCAACGCUGGAAGAAAAAUUUAUGAGUUUACCCUUCAGAGACUUAUGCAGAAAUACUUCUUGGAAAUGAAGAAUAAGAUGCCUUCUUUAUCACCAAUAGAUAAAAACUGGCCAGCGAGACCUUACCUUUUCUUGGACUCAACUCACAAGGAACUGAAGAGGAUUUUCCAUUUGUGGAGGUGUAAAAAGUACAGAGACCAGUUCACAGAUCAGCAGAAGCUUAUAUAUGAAGAAAAACUGGAAGCAAGUGAGCUUUUCAAGGACAAGAAGGCUUUGUAUCCAGCCAGCGUCGGGCAGCCAUUCCAAGGGGCUUACCUGGAGAUCAGCAAGAACCCCAAGUACAAAAAACUGAAGGAUGCUGUGGAUGAGAAGAUCAUUAUUGCUGAAGUUGUGAAUAAGAUCAAUAGAGCUAAUGGCAAGGCUACGUCCAGGAUUUUCUUAUUAACCAAAAACAAUGUUCUCCUUGCGGAUCAAAAGUCGGGGAAUAUCAAGUCGGAGGUUCCACUGGGAGAUGUUACCAAAGUGUCCAUGAGUUCCCAGAAUGAUGGCUUCUUUGCAGUGCACCUCAAGGAGGGCUCAGGAGCAGCUAGCAAAGGGGAUUUCCUGUUCAGCAGCGAUCACCUUAUUGAAAUGGCCACUAAACUUUACCGCACUACUCUCAGCCAAACCAAGCAGAAGCUCAACAUUGAGAUUUCUGAUGAGUUUCUGGUCCAGUUCAGACAAGACAAAGUGUGUGUGAAGUUCAUACAAGGCAGCCAGAAAAAUGGCAACGUCCCAACUUGCAAACGAAAAAACAAUCGGCUUCUUGAAGUGGCUGUCCCCUAACUGCAGCUGGUGACUCCCUUCCACGGACUUGUUUCUUUGUAAUAGUGCAAUUUUAGUCAUUUGGUUUUGCUGGUUUUAUCCCUUUCUGGAGCUGUUGAUGGCUAAUAGCUUUAGAAGCCCUUGGCAAAACAUUGGAUCGAUUGACUUUUUAAUCUUAUCCGUCAUGCCAUAGUUUUAACCCUCAACAUGCAGAUCUUUACCCAGUGGGGCAUUUUUACCAGCUGGCAAGUUACCUGUCAUACCUGAAUCAUUCUCUUUGUUUAGUGGCCAUAUUUUAGUGCAGCAUACCGUAAACCCACAUAUUAAUGAUAAAUUACUCAUAUUUCUUAGUCUAGAGAUCCACAUACGUGACCUUGAGGCUUGGUGGCAACUUGUGCCCAGUGUCUUUAUACCAACCCACUGUGGUGUUCUGAUGGGCUCCUCCUUCGCCAUCACCACUGCAGAGAUGGGGGGAGCUGAGACCAGGCACCGACCCUUGUAGCUAACACUAGGACCUAUGUAGCUCAAUCCUUCAUUACGUACAGCAUGGGAACACCUAAUUCUGCAAAACAAAAGGAACAUGUCAUUACCCAAGCAGCUACAUGUAUAAUUUUUUAGUAAAAGACAAAAGACAAAA